CCUCCUCCUCCUCCUCCUCCUCCCCCUCCUCCCCCCCCUCCUCCCCCCCUUGCUCCGCCGACAUGUCCUCGGACGCCACCGCCGCCCCGAAGGGCAAGCGCAGGCCAGCGGAGCCCGUCUCGGUGUCCGAGUUCACGGUGACGCUGCCCGGCGUCAUGAGCGCCGAGAGGGAGGACCUGCGGCUGGGGGUGCACACGAAGGCGGUGGAAGGCGAGGGCCUGCGCAUCACGUGCCUGAAGAAGAGUGGGCGGCUCAUCGGGUGGAACAGGCUGCAGAACACGCCGCCCGAGCAGGUCCAGGUCGGGGACAUGCUGGUCUCCGUGAACGGCAAGAGGAGCCUCAUCAAUGUGAUGGUCUCGGUCCUGGAGCAGCCGCAGGGGCGGGGUGACAACCUGCAGCUGGUGUUCCAGCGCCCAGUCUAUCCCGAGAGGCUCAAGAACAUCCUGGUGAUCGGCGGGUACGACGGCCUGUCCUACUACGGAGAGACCGAGCUCUGGGACGAGGACGGCCACGGCUUCGAGGACGGGCCCAGGCUGCGCGUGCAUCGCUGGGGGGCGGCGGCGCUGCCCAUCCCAGGCCACAGCCUGGUGCUCGUCGCCGGGGGGUUCGACGGCUCCGAGCACCAGGCCACCACCGAAGUGCUGAACACAAAGUGCACGAACUCGGCCAUGCAGGCCGAGGACCACGGCUUCCAGAUGGGGCCCCGGAUGCUCGCGCCGCGCCUGGGCUGCAGCAUGGUGCAGCUGGACGCGCGGCGGGUGCUCGUCAUAGGAGGCUACGGGCUGGACAGCACGGAGGUCCUGGACCUGGAGACCAUGGAGUUCCAGCCCGGCCCGCGGCUGCUUGCGCCCAGGGCCUGCUGCGCGGCCGUGGUGCUGGAGGACGGGCGGCUGCUGGUGGCCGGUGGGUUUGACCGCGUCGGCACCACCAGCAGCACGGAGGUCCUGGACCUCGGGGCGGAGGGCUCUCUCACGGACUCGGCGGGCUUCCCGCGGGGGGGGCUGGAGCUGCUCAGGUCUUGACGCGCAACUCCUAGGAGGCCAAACUCAGCAUCUGCGCCGGCAGAUCCGUUGUGAAAAACUUGCCAAAUCCGGCAAACUCCCGCCUGAUCCCGCUCGAUCCAGCUUCAUCCUGGGCGCAAGCCAGCAUGAUCUGGCUUCGUGACUGCCUGCAUCUCUGUCAUAGCGUGGUAGCCCGAAACUCAGACAUGCGAUGUCUUGCUUUUUCGAAACUGCCGUUUCACCAGGGUUCAUGUCUUUGGUCAUUAGCGACUCGGCAUUUGAAGGUCCUGGGGUACGGCGGGGGCCCCUCCAAAGGCACAAAACGGCCCAAGACCUCCCGUCAUGAUUUCACGACACGAGCAUGCCUGGUGGCCGUGCUUACGAAGACCCCUUGAGAGUUGCCUCCCAAGGUUCCAGCCUGGCCCUGAGAUGGCCACUCGCCGCGCCGGGUGCGCGGCCUCCCAGCUGGACAGGCGGCGAGUCCUCGUCCUCGGCGGCACCGACGGCGGCGCCGAGCUGUCAUCGACGGAGCUACUGCUCGUGGAAAAGAUGGAAUUCCGGCCAGGGCCUGCGAUGGCGUUUCCGCGCUGCGGCGCCUGCGUGGCGCCACGGCUCAGGGGGAAGCUGCUGGUGGCAGGAGAGGCAGGGGCCGCAAGGGUCACAGCUCCACCGAGGUGCUCGACAUUGGGGCGAUGGCGUUCAGGCAGGGCCCCGAGAUGCGGUGUUCGCGCGCGUUCGGAGCUGCGGUCGCUUACGCGUCCUACGACCCCGAGUCCGAUUCGGACUCGAACUGAGCCGCCACAUCGCCUCUGCCGGUGUCCUCAUUGCCGUCGUUCUCGUGUUUUCGUCGUCGUAGUCCCACUCUUCCUUCCAGUGUCCCCCUCCGCUCCCCCCCUCCCCUGGGCCUCCCGCUGCGCCGAGCGGGCGGGCGCGAAACCGCGAGCGCCCGAGGCGCGCGG